GCAAUGAUAUAGUUCUAGUUGGUGAUAUCUACUUGGUUUUCUUCUCAACAACGAUAUGACACUAGAUUUGAACCCAAGUAUAAUAAAAUGGCCUAAGAUCAAACUCAAAUCGAAACUCAAUGUCUCUUAUCUGAAGAAUCAUGAUCUCUUCACCGUGGAGAAUUGUCUUACUUCUGAUGAAUCAAAGGCCUUUGUUAAAAUCGCAGAGUCUCUCGGUUUCACCCACCAAGGAAGUCGUGGCCCAGCCUAUGGUGAAGCUUAUAGGGAUAACCAUCGGAUCUCAGUGAACGAUCCUGUCCUUGCUGAUUCGAUAUGGCAAUCCGGGCUUUCUAAUUUAUUUACUGAUAUCAAGAUUAGGAGAAAGGUUGCUGUUGGCUUGAAUCCAAACAUUAGAUUUUACAGGUAUGGUGCUGGUCAGCAUAUUGCUGAGCCUUUAGUAGGUGGAGAAACCGUCUUUUAUGGUUCGAGGAACAGUAUUGUAGCUGAGGUAGCUCCAGUGGAAGGUAUGGCUCUCUUUCACAUCCAUGGAGACAAGUGCAUGCUGCACGAAGGAAGGAAUGUCUCCAAAGGCGUCAAGUAUGUUUUCCGUUCUGAUGUUGUUUUUGCAUGAAGAACACUGAUUCAACUUCUCUGUAUCGAUUAAGCUUGUCUAGAUCACUAUUUACCCGAAUCUAGCUCAUGUUUCCGCUGGUUCAGCGUUUAUAACAAGCCAUGAGUUGAGUGCAUGACUCAUUUUUCCAUGUCUGUUUGAUGUUAAAUGACUCAUAUUUGGUGACCAGUAAGUGAUAAUGUCUGAUGAAUAUAAAGGUAAGUUCACU